AUGCCAGACUGGACCACGUUGGAACGACACGGAACCAACCUGCGUCGGAGGCCUACACAUGGCGACGUUAGUUACACUGACACGAUUGUGAACUCGAGAGCUGUUUACACCUGCACUGAUGGCUUCCGCCUGAAUGUCAUCGACGUCUGUGAGGGUGCCACUUGUAUGAACGGGGCCAAGUGUAUGGGUGCUACAGGGGGCUACAAAUGUGUAUGCCCAACUGGGUACUCUGGACCCUUAUGCGAAACAGACAUUGAUGAGUGUAACCCUAACCCCUGCAUACACGGCUCGUGCACUGAGCCCAGGCUUGGCGACUUCACGUGUAUCUGCAAAGUUGGAUACACGGGGAACACGUGCGACGAAGCAAUAAACGAAUGUAUCCCUGAUCCGUGUGAACACGGCACGUGCAAAGACCUCCUUGCAGAUUACGAAUGCGCAUGCCCAGUCGGCUACACGGGCAAAGACUGUUCCAAAGAUAUUGACGAAUGCUUCUCGUCUCCAUGCGAACAUGGAACGUGCGUUAAUUUGGUGAACAGUUACAAGUGCAGGUGCGAUGUUGGAUACUCAGGCGCAAACUGCGACCAAGAUAUCAACGAGUGUGUGUCCAAUCCUUGCAAAAAUCAGGGCAAUUGUACAAAUGGCGCCAACAAUUUCACGUGCGCCUGUGCUGCGGGAUGGGAAGAUAUCGACGAGUGUGUUGGCCACUCCUGCUGGACCAACCAAAGUCGUUGUCAGGACCGAGUGAACGGUUAUGUGUGUGUAUGCGACCCCGGAUUUAACGGUUCCAGUUGUGAGACAAAUAUCAACGAAUGUGUGAACCAUGACUGCAGAAAUGGAGGCAUUUGUCAGGACGGUAUAAACAGCUAUACGUGCCUGUGUCUAGCUGGCUACACGGGUCGAUAUUGCCAAAACAUGACCAACGAAUGCGAUAAUAAUAGUCAGUGUCAAAAUGGCGGCACUUGUAUUGACGGUAUAGCCUCAUUUAGAUGCGCGUGCCCUGGUGGAUAUACAGGGGAUUUUUGUCAAUUAGUAAUCAACAACUGCCUUGGGGUUACCGCGUGCCAGAACGGAGGGAUCUGUCGCAACAUGGUUAAUAACUACACGUGUGAUUGCCCCGCAGGCUACACCGGAGAGUUCUGUGUGAUUCUAAUCGAUGAGUGUGCCUCUAAUCCUUGCAAAAACGGCGGCGAGUGUAACGAUGGUAUUGCGAAGUUCACGUGCACCUGUCAACCCGGCUUUAAUGGAAUCCUGUGUGACAAUGAUAUCAACGAAUGUAUCCCAAACCCGUGUGGUGAUCACGGAACAUGUACCAACCUCCAGGCAGAUUACAGAUGCACGUGUGCCAAUGGCUACCGCGGACGGAACUGUUCCGAAGAUAUCGACGAGUGCGUUUCGUCCCCUUGUCUAAAAGGACAGUGUAUCAACCUAGUGAACAGCUACGUCUGCAAAUGUGAUCCGGGAUAUGAAGGGAUCAAUUGCGACAAGAAUAUAAACGAUUGUAUACCAAAUCCGUGUUAUAAUGGAGCCUGUAACGACCAAGUGUUGAAUUACACCUGCAAAUGUGUGGCGGGAUAUUCAGGCAGAGAUUGUGAUAUUAAUAUCAAUGAAUGCUCUAGUAAGCCGUGCGGGGACAAUGGGAUUUGUUUUGACGGAGUGAACAAUUACACUUGCGUAUGCGAUGCUGGAUGGACAGGGACACAUUGUCAAACAGACAUCAAUGAAUGCUCGCCAAACCCUUGCCAGAAUGGCGGCAAUUGUCUGAACAAGGUGAACGCAUUCCAGUGUGAGUGUACCGCCGGACACACGGGCGACACGUGCAGAACAAGUGUUCUCGGCGACUCUUGUGCGGAACGUGUAAGCAUCUGUGCCAAUAUCCUCAACGGCAUGUGUAGCGGCACGACGUGUGAGUGUCAGGCAGGGUACGAGAAGACCGCGCCCGGGACCUGCAGCCCCGUCAAUUGCGGAACAAUCGCCCCACCAGAACACGGCUCCGUUGACCACGCUGAGGGCACACAUUUUCAGGACAAGGCCUAUUUCUCGUGCAACACAGGCUACAUCCGGAACGGAGUCGCAUUCGUCACGUGCCAGAACGAUAAAAAUUGGAGCGGCAUAAAACCCACUUGCGAAGAUAUCAACGAAUGCGCAUCAAACCCCUGCAAAAAUGGCGGGGCAUGCACAGACAAACUGAGCGGGUACACGUGCGCUUGUCAACAAGGUUUUGGUGGGACAAACUGUAUUCGAGACUGUGGUUCUCCAGCGUCGAUAGCUCACGGCGGCGUGACGAACCCAAAUGGAACGCUCCAGGGUCACUUAGCAACGUAUUCCUGUAACCAAGGCUACACGCUCAGCGGGAAUGCUGUGAGCGAGUGCCUCUCAACCGGGAAAUGGUCCGAGUUCGGCGAGUGCUUUGUCGUGGGCGUGGCUUACGAUGAGACAUGUGCGGUGACGGCCCAGUGCGGCACUGCAAAAGCAACGUGCCGCAACGACGGUCUGGGAUCUUUUAGAUGCCUGUGUAAAGACGCCGGGGAGAUCUACGAUCGUAGUGUCGACAAAUGCCUUAUAGAUUGUGGUAAACUUCCGAACCCAACUAACGGUGAGGUGAAACUUCCGGCGACCACUUCGGAAGGUCAGGUGGCGUCCUACAUUUGCUUCGUGGGAUAUGGACUCGCCGGUUCAAAGUUCCGCACGUGCCAGUCCGAUGGGAGGUGGAGUAACGCCGAACCAACAUGCGUCUUUGGUUGCCCAGAGCCAGAAAUCCCCGCGAACGGGCGCGUAAACACAACAAACGGCCUGGCAGUGGGACAAACCAUUUACUACUCGUGCAUAGAAGGGUUCGAGCUUGUUGGGCAAACCCAGCGGAUCUGUGAGUCUGCUAGCACGUGGAGCGGUACCGAACCCACGUGUCUCAUACAGUGCCCGGUGCUAGAGGCCCUGUCUCACGGCAAGGUGGACAUGUCCUGGGGUCGCCACGAGGGCUCCAUGGCGACCUACUCGUGCGAGAACAACUACGCGCUCAUUGGGGAUCCCAUCAUGACCUGUCAGUCCAGCGGCGUCUGGGGCGGCAUGCAGCCGGAGUGCGUCUUUGCCAUGUUCCCGGACAUACUCCUGGCGUUCGGCUCCAUUCUGAUUCUACUCGUCAUCGUGGACGCGUUUGUGGUGGGCGUCUGCGUCUACUACAGAUACUGCAGAAAUAAGCCCGAGACACCGCCGCCAGUGCCGUCGCAAUCAAAGCCACCUUUCCCGGAAGCUUUCUAUGAGGACGGGGAGACAGGAGUUCCGCCGCGAGAUAUCACCUUGGCGCCGUUCCAAAGAAAACAGAAGUUCUCCAAGGUGACGCCCGAGGAUUCGCACCCGCCUCCCCAGCGCGUGGACGAACCAAACGUCGUGUACCGGUCUAGAAUGAAGAUGAGCGACCAGGUCCUGGACUCGAUCUUCUCCAAAGGAAGCAAGUACCGCCGCAACGAAGACGGGGACGAGAGGCUGCCAUAUUUGGAUGAUGGAUUCAUCAAUGACAAGGGCUACAACACCGGAAACAGUAACUCCAUGGACGACGCUCAUUCGGAAGAGUUCGACAAGCAUCUCGACCUGACCCACUCAACACCGGGACCUGUAAAAUCGCCGCGGGAGACGCGCAAACCGGAAGAGCCCGAGGAAGAAGAGGAGGACGAGGACCGUUUCCGGUUCCGGUUGCGCGGUCCGCCGCCAAACAUAGCGGAUACGCUCUUCAAAGAGAAGGAGACAACUCUCGCAGCAGACGACAAACGAAGAUCAAAGAGCGCGUUUCCCGGAUAUCGAAUGGCGCAGAAAUAUUAUUGAAUGAAAGCUUCGAAAACGUUUGUCUGUAUAAAUAUUUCAGUGCCAAAUUUUUUAAGUGAACUAUUGUUUUGAAUCUCAAUUUAUUUUAUUGUGAGGACCCAACAGAUAAACAAUUUAUGAUGAAUGUUUCAAAACUAUUCUAAGUAAUUUGACAUAUGUUUUUUAUUUAAACUGACAUAUACAUAUCGUGUAAAUAAAAACGAGUUUUGUCCUUUGUGAUAAUUCAAACAAUUGAUUUAGGUUAAAACAUUUUCUGUCCGAAUGUAUGCCUGUCACUUUGUCCGUAAGGGUCUGGAACCUGUGAUAAUUCAAAAAGUGCAUUACCUUUAUUAGAGUGGUAUAUGGGGGAAAUACACACUUUUCUGUGUUUCCAUUAGACAAAACUAAUAUCUGGAUCCUGAUUGAACUUGAAUAGCACUGAAGCUAGGUUGAUUAAACUUUGUUUACGAUGAUUGUGUGUCAUAUUUCAGUUUUUCGUCAGACAAAACUGUUGUUGACAUAUUUACCGAUAUGGUUACAGAAACAAUUAAAAACUAAAAUCUGUAGGUUAAUGAAACUUAGAAUGCGGAUAAAAGGUCGUUUGGAAAAUAUAAUAUAACCGAUAUUUCAGUGUUUUUUCGUAAGACAAAACAUUGCGUAAUCUAUGGUAACAGAAAUCAGGAAAACUUAAAUCUCGAUAGUGCGAAAACUAAAGAAACCAUUUAAGCAAGAUUCAUGAAACUCGGUAUGAAGAUAAAGGGUCAUAUAUGGUGACAACGCGCGAUAUUUUAUGUUUUAUUAUACACGUUGUUUCAUGUUUUGUUUGUCAGACAAACAUUUUGAUUAUAGAAAUAAGAAAAACUGAACUCAGGAGCUUGCAUUAACCCAAGAAGUACUUUAGAUAGGUUGCUGAAACUAGAUAUGUGGAUAAAUGGCCAUAUAGUUGAUAUGAAUGUUCUGUCAGUUUUGUCGUAAGACCAAAAUUGUGGUUUCUAUAAUUACAGAAAUAAGUGACAUAAAAACGCGUCUGGAAAUAACUUAAAGUACGUAAGGUAGAUUGAUGAAACUUAUUGAGAUCCUGUUAAUAUUACGACAAUAUUUACCCAGUUGGGGACUUCUUUUUCGUCUGUGACUGAGCUCUUGUUAUUUCAUUUCUGCCAUGCUUGGAUGACGGAAUGUUGUAAUAAAUAUAAACUGUCAAUAACGAUAUAAUUUUAGAGAUACAAUUAUUUUGUCAAAAAAGUCAUGUGCUGGUAUUUAUUAAAAUGUUUGCAUGUUGAUGAUGUAUAUACGAUUUUACAUUUUAAAUAUAAGUUCUUGUUUUUAAUAACAUAAUGUUUUUGUAAUACUACUUCUUGGAUGUGUUAAAGUAAUUAUUGUCCCUGUCCAGCUUUGUUUCAUGCGCUUACUUAAAAUGUGUUAUAUAUGACUGUACUUUUGUUAUUUACUUCUGCCAUGUUUGGAUGAGGAAUGUUGUAAUAAAUAUAAACUGUCAUUAACCAUGUAAGUUUAGAGAUAAAAUUAUUGGUUUUUGUCGCAACAAUUCAUGUGCUGGUAUAUUUAAAAUGUUUGAGCGUUGAUGAUGUUUAUACGAUUUUACUUUUAUUUUUAUAUAAGUUCUUGUUUUUAAUACCAUUAUGUUUUUGUAAUUUGUUAAAAUAAAUGUCGUCUCGGUU